GAAGAAAACCACUGAAAAGGUGAUUCCAUGUGAUUGACUGAUCAGCUUCGAAAGUAAGAAUUUUUCGUGGAAUAUGUUCAAAAAAUUUCAGGCAAAAGAAUCUGUUUCAGGAGUAAGUCAAGUGAAGUCAUCCAUUCAGCGAGGGAUAAAAACCAAACUGGUAGAACAAUUUCCUCCAAUAGAUGAUUACAUAGCUCAAAUAUUUCCUAAAAAGGAACCACUUGUAGUUGUAAAAUGUCAUGAGCACAUAGAAAUAUUAUCCAUUAAUCAAGAGAUCCUGUUCUUCAGACAAAGGGAAAGUGAAUACUUACCUUCACUUAGACUUUUACACAAAUAUCCUGUCAUCUUACCAUGUCAACAAGUUGACAAAGGAGCAAUCAAAUUUCUUUUAAGUGGUGCAAAUGUAAUGUGUCGUGGCUUGACCAGUCCAGGAGCUAAACUAGCUGACUUACCCAAAGGAGCAAUAGUUGCAAUAACAGCUGAGGGAAAACAACAUGCAAUAGCGAUUGGAAAAAUGACAAUGUCCGCAGAUGAAAUACGGCAAACAAACAAAGGCAUUGGCAUUGAGGUGAUUCACUUUUUGAAUGAUGGACUCUGGCAAAUGAAACAGCUGGAAAAAUGAUAAAAAGUAUAUAAAACGAAAUGUAUGAAACACUGAAAUGUGCUGGACAAACACUGGAUGACAUUCUGCAAGAACAUCCUCUAUUACAAACUUGGAAAGCCAUGAACUCUAAUGGAAUUAGAGGGGAAGGAAAGUCCAAGAUGUUAUCAUACACACUAGUAAUAAUAAUAAAAGGAACAUUUUGUAAUUUUCAAAA